AUGUUUGAUCUUCAAUUAAGCUUAAGGGCUGUGCCAACAUUGUUGGUUCUGUGUUUCUUCCUCAUUUUGGGGAAUUUCCACAAAGCUGAGGCCAGAGUUAGACAUUACAAAUGGGAGGUUAAGUAUGAGUAUAAGUCCCCUGAUUGCUUUAAGAAGGUGGUUAUCACCAUUAAUGGCAUGACUCCAGGACCUACCAUUCAAGCAGAGGAGGGUGAUACUGUCAUUGUAGAAGUUAACAACAAUUUGCUGACAGAAAACCUUGCCAUCCAUUGGCAUGGGAUUAGACAGAUUGGAACUCCUUGGUUUGAUGGAACAGAAGGGGUAACUCAAUGUCCUAUACUGCCUGGAGACCCCUUUAAGUAUCAGUUUGUUGUUGACAGGCCUGGUACAUAUCUUUACCAUGCUCACUAUGGAAUGCAAAGGGCUGCGGGAUUAUAUGGAUUAAUUCGAGUGGCAUCCCGUGACCCUGAGCCCUUUACUUAUGACUAUGAUCGAAGCAUUAUUCUGAAUGAUUGGUACCACCAGAGCACAUAUGAACAAGCUGCUGGAUUGUCUUCAAUUCCUUUUCAAUGGGUUGGGGAACCUCAGUCACUUUUGAUUCAUGGAAAAGGAAGAUUCAACUGCUCUACAUCUCCAACCUUAAGCACUAGUAUUUGUAACACAUCAAACCCUGAAUGCUCUCCCCUUGUACGAACUGUGAUCCCAGGAAAAACAUACCGCUUCAGAAUUGGUAGCUUGACUGCUUUAUCAGCACUCAGUUUCCAAAUAGAGGGUCAUAAUAUGACUGUGGUUGAAGCAGAUGGUCAUUAUGUUGAGCCUUUUGUGGUUCAGAAUCUCUUCAUAUACUCUGGUGAGACAUACUCAGUUCUUGUGAAAGCUGAUCAAGAUCCAUCGAGGAACUACUGGAUGACCUCAAAUGUGGUAAGCAGAAACAGAACCACCCCACCUGGCUUGGCCAUUUUCAACUACUACCCCAACCAUCCACGGCGGUCACCACCAACGGCUCCACCUACUCCACCUGCUUGGGAUGAUGUUGAGCCAAGGCUAGCUCAAAGCCUUGCCAUCAAGGCUCGCCAAGGUUACAUAACAAAACCUCCGACAACCUCGGACAGAGUUAUAGUAUUCCUCAACACACAGAAUAAAAUAAAUGGUUAUUUCCAUUGGUCGGUGAACAAUGUCUCUUUCUCCCUCCCUCACACCCCUUAUCUUGUUGCCCUCAAAGAGAACAUAACCGAUGCAUUCGACCAAACCCCUCCACCUGAAGGCUAUGAUUCUCUUCAUUAUGACAUUUUCAGUGUGGCCAACAACACAAAUGCCACUUCUGGCAAUGGCAUUUAUAGGCUGAAGUUCAACACAACGGUGGAUGUUAUACUUCAAAAUGCCAACACCAUGAACAAAAACAACAGCGAGACACAUCCAUGGCAUCUUCAUGGGCACGAUUUUUGGGUUCUUGGGUAUGGAAAGGGGAAGUUUGACAUGAAGAAUGACACAAAAAAUUAUAAUUUGGAGAACCCAAUAAGGAAAAAUACGGUGCCAUUGCAUACAUAUGGAUGGACUGCAUUGAGGUUUAGGUCGGAUAAUCCAGGUGUGUGGGCUUUCCAUUGCCAUAUAGACCCUCACUUGUAUAUGGGCAUGGGAGUUGUUUUUGAAGAAGGAAUUGAAAGGGUUGGGAAGCUCCCUCCAUCCAUCAUGGGUUGUGGUAAAAGCAAAGGUUCUUACAGGCCCUAA